GCGUAAGGGAAGGGAAAGUUGUGGAGGCAGUGUACGAAGUGACCUGUACCCGGGAGGAAGGAACCUUGUGUCUGCUGGAGCCAGUCCACGCGGGGUCCCUCAAGUGUGAGCCGCAACAUUUCCUCCACUUAUCUCCUCCAGUAACUCCUAAAAGAUCACCAAACAUGGCAUUAGAACUUGCUCAUGAAAACAUCUGGUUUGACAAGUGGCGUGUGGAUGAUGCAGAACGUGAAUUUUAUGAAAAAAAGGCUCAGGGAAGUUCGGGCCUAGGAUCCCUGGCCAGUCAGAUAGCCAAGGCACGGCAAGAAAUACAGAAUUCCCUAGUCUCUGGUGGUCGCACAGCCUCUGGCAGCAGUGGCGGCGGUGGGGGAGUUAAUGCUGAUCUUCUGAACCGCAUUACCAAGCUAGAAGGGGAAAAUACAAGCCUUACAAAAACUGUAUCAACCUUAGAACAGACUAUCAUGAAUUUGACAACAAGGUUGGAAAAACUAGAAUUUGGAAGCAGUACUACCACAAAUACUACUGCCACUCCCAAAAAGUCUGAACCAAUGGAAACAGAAGAGGAGGACGAUGAUGAUGAUGAUGUUGAUUUAUUUGGCUCAGACGAGGAGGAUGAAGAAGCCGAACGAAUAAAGGAGGAACGAUUAAAGGCCUAUGCUGAGAAAAAGGCAAAAAAACCUGGUCCUAUUGCAAAGUCUUCAGUCUUGUUGGAUUGCAAACCUUGGGAUGACGAGACCAACAUGGCAGCCAUGGAGGUAGAAAUCCGUAAAAUUGAGAUGGAUGGUCUAGUAUGGGGUGCCUCCAAACUUGUACCACUUGCUUAUGGAAUUCAGAAGCUUUCUAUUCUGUGCACUGUUGAAGAUGAAAAGGUCUCCAUAGAUGAUCUAAGUGAGAAGAUACAGGAAAUUGAGGACUAUGUUCAAAGUGUUGACAUUGGUGCAUUCAACAAAAUUUAAGGUGCCAUUCAUUCCAGUGCUAAUUGAAUAAAAAGGAGUUUAUACAUUA